GGAGGAGGGCCGUGAACGUGGAGGCCGCCGGAGCAGAAGCGCCGCCGUGCCCGACGGCGGAGGAGCCGGGGGAUUAGGAAGAUGCCUUCUCUCCCACCAGCCACGCGGCUCCUCGCCCAUCCCAGCGCGUCUCCUCUCCCGGCGGCGGCGUCUGCCCGGGCCGGCUACCGUCUGGCGCACGGGAAUCAAGACCUUCCGACUGCCUUAGCGAGCCACAGCCAAGAAGGUACAACUCGACCGAAUACAGAAAGUACUGGGCAUCCCGAAGUUAUCGCUUAUGCCCUGAUUCCUGUCUUCUUCCUCAUGGGACUCCUGGGAGUUUUUAUCUGCCAUAUACUAAAGAAAAAGGGGUAUCGCUGUACAACAGAAGCUGAACAAGAAGAGGAGAAACUUGGUGAAAAGAUAGAAUUGAAUGAAAGCACAAAUGAUAAUGGUGACACUGUGGGACAGAUUGUCAACUACAUUAUGAAAAACGAAGCAAAUGCUGACGUGUUGAAGGCUAUGGUGGCGGAUAACUCUGUGAAUGACCCAGAAAGCCCUACGACGCCAGGCAGCCCGACCAGUCCGACUUCUCCUUUGUCGCCCGGAGGUCCUUCGUCCAAGCACAGCUGCCGUGGCCAUCACUUGCACACUGUCGGCGGCGUUGCAGGGAAGGGCGUUUGUACUCGCUGCAGCCACAAACGAUGGCAGCUGUUCAGUCCGGCUAAAAAAUCCAAAGAAGCAAGAAGGGGACGGCGCGGAGAAGUCAUCGUUCUGUCUGUGGGGAGGUUUAAAGUCACAAAAGUGGAACAGAAAUCUUCAAAGGAACGUAAGAACUUGAUGUCGGUUAGUAGCAUAGAUGGUAUCAAAGGUGAGAUACCAGCUACACCAGUCAGAGAUGGCUCUAAAGAGGUGCCCACUACACCUGCUGCCAAACAGGAAUCAAACGAACUUCACCACACCCCUGCCAAGCAAGAAGGAAGGGAGAGAUCUGGCACAGAAUAACACGGGGACACGGAAAAUGAUGGCGGUUUUUAGAAGAAGCGCAUCCGCGAUGACACUUGGAAACAUUCGUAAUUGGAACACUAACGUUUCGUAAGAGAGACAUUUGUAAAGAUGCUAUCAUUGUGCCGUUUCUGUGACCGUAUCUAUGCAAGGCUUGGACCUGGAUACUCAAUAUUUCAGUGACUUUUUAAAAAAAAUUAUUGUGUCUAGUAAUUAGAACGGUGCCGGGACAUACAGUCUGCAUAUUUUUUUAAAAAAGUAAAAAUAUUUUGCAUGCUCACUUUUAACACGGCAAAACUGAAUGAAGUAUUUCUUGACAUGGCCACAGCGGCUGCCCUGUCGUGUUUCUGCUGCUGUAUUGCAAUGGAAGCACAUGGUCAUGUAACAAGAUGUUCAGAGAAGGAAGAUCCCAAUGUGGUGCCCAUUUCUGAGCAUUAAGCCUCGGGACCAAAGCUGUGAGCCCUGUGUCCGAUUUUAAUUUAUUGCUAGAAUACCAAUGACGGCUGAAUUAAGCUUGGCUUAAUUAUAUUUCCUCUGUAUACUUACCAUAAUCUGUGUUUUGGUGCUCUAAAUAGCGACAGCGUUUGCACCCUGACGACGCUCGCAGUUGGUUCGCGCGUCUUGGUAGGUGCCAUAUGAAAUCCGGAGAGAAUCUUAAGCACCUUAAUAUACUACAAAGGGUUGUGAGUUAGUGGCUUUUGAACUAGCCUGUGCCUUUGUAUGUGCCAGUUGACUCCACACUGUUUCUUUUUUGGCUGAUGGUUCUUCAACUGAUCACAUAUAAACUGUGAAGACGGAUAUCCCUCUGCAUCUUCUGAGUGGGUUUAGUCUCUCUGUUUAUUCAUGAAAGUUUUUUUUUACUGCUUCCUUCCCCCCCAUGAGCAUCAUGUAAGUGACGCAUGCUCGAAGAGACUGAGAUCUUAUAUCCGUAUUAGUGCAUUUUAGAAACAGUUUGUGGCUAAAAAUGUGACUUGAAACGUUUUUUUUUUAAACCUGUUAUUUGAUUAGAAAUAUAUACUAAUUGCUGUAUAUCCAGUCUGUUUAACCAGGGUUUGAGCCAAAAUGGGUGGGUGAGUACAUGUAGAUGCCUUUCUGUAUACUUUUGGCCUUUGCUAAGAACCAUUCCCUUCCUUUUUGCAAUUCGCUUUUUGGGUGACCGUAGCAAGAAGGGAUGGAAAUAUUUGCCCACUGAGAGAGAGGUCAGUAAGCAGAAUACCCUCAUUUUGAAUUGGCUUUGUGAUGUCACAGAGCCAAAGUUGGGAUAUCACACUAACUGUAUGAUCCCAGUCAGCUGGGUUGUAAAGAAGCCCACAUUUAAAGAAAAUGGCACUGAAGGACCUACUAAUUGGGAAUCCAAUAGUCCCUGAGCCAAGGUGA